AAAAAAAAAAAAACCAAACAAAAAAAGAAAAAAGAAAAAGAAAAAACAUUUCAACAGCCCAAAGUCGUUCAAAAAACCCUAGCUUUCUCAGUCUUGUGCACAAUACGGCUUUUUCAUGGUUAUAAUUUUGGGUUCUGCAAGAUUUUGCCGGAAAAUCUUUGUCCAUCCGAGAAAGCGCAUGAGAAAUUCGAUAUUUUGAGAAACGCUUGGUAAAUCGUGAUUUUUUUUUUUAUAUAUUUUUUUUAAAGAAUUUUGUGAUGGAUUCGGCGCCGGUGAUACUGGAAAUAAGCUCCGACGACGAGUCGAGUUUAGGCGGUGUGGGCGAGGGGUUCGAUUGGAUGUCGGAGCUCUUCGACGGCGUUGACGAGAACAACUCCGAUGAGGUCGUCGUGGUUCGGGAGGUCAACAACGCCAGAAGAAAGUCGAAGUCUUUGGAUUCGACGGCGAGGGAUGCGGACGAUGAUUGCGUGGUUUUGGACGGUGAUCCGGAUAACCCGGUCUCGGUGGAAAACGAAGUUUCAAGCGGGUCGGAUGAGUUGCUUGUAGUCGGAGAGAAAGGGCAGAUUGCAUGUAGAGACUACCCUCAUCCACGUCAUCUUUGUGCCAAACAUCCUUUCAGUUCUACGCCCCAUGAUAGGCACUGUGACCAGUGCCACUGUUACGUCUGUGAAUCUCUUGCGCCAUGUCUACAUUGGAGCACUGGCAUUUCCAGUAUCGACCAUUGUCAUGCCACUGAUAAAGAGGAGUUUUGGAAAGUUCAGAGGAAAAGUUUCAAGCUGGAGAAAAAAGCUCCAUUACGAGCUUUAAAGGGUCCUGAUAAUUCUCUGCCUAUGGCAUUUCCCCAACUUCAAGGAGCUCAACCACUUGACAUUAUUCGAUUGGCACCUAACUCUAUGCUGCAGAAUCAGGUCUCUAGGCCAGCUAUAAUCUGUUGCCCCACCUUGCCCAAUUAUACUUUGCCAAAUAUCAUAAGCCAAGGUAGAAGCCAACAGUCAGCAUCUGCUUUGGCAAAAACCAGAUUACAUACGCGUGUGGAUCCACAGCAUUUGCUUGGUGUACGUAGUAAUGUCACCCAAAGGGACCGGGUUAGCGUUGGGACUUUAGGUCCUGAGUUUGUCCCUUCUCAUUCAAUGUUUAAGAGAACAGGACCUGUAAGUGCUGCCUUGCCGAUGCACCCCUCUGUGUAUGGUUCAUCAAACAAGGUUAAUUGUGCCCAUGCAGCACAGUAUACCAGAAAUGCUACUCCAACGACAUCAUCAAAUGACAGAAAUCUUGUUAGGUGGCAGAAUGUUUUUCCUAGUGUAAAUUUGGAGCCUUAUAGGCCUCAGGAAUCCUCCCAGCCCAACUUGGACAGCUUUGUCGCAACUGCAGUACCUUCCCAACCGCAAAUAUAUAGCCAGCCUAUUGCUCAAUCAAAUGAUGGUGAAAAUUCUUGCCAGAAUGGGUAUCAAAGUCAAAAUGCUAACCAAGGUAUUUAUCAGAAAGGGAAUCAGAGUCUAAAUGCCAGCCAAAAUAUUUGUGAGCAGGGGAAUCAAAGUCACAGUGCCGCAGAUCCAAGUUUUCCAGAUUUUAAUUUUAGUUGGCCUAACCAUUCUGGUCAAAGCAACCAACAGCCUUCAUUUGAGAAUUCUCAAGUUCAAAGUGGAGGAUCUAUACAUGAGCGAUAUCCUGUUGCCGUUGAGGAGUUUAACUCCCAGUUUGUGGGAAACUCUCACCUCAGUCAAAGCACUCAACGACCUGAAUUUAGUGGAAGUGCAAAUGUCAGUCAAAGCAAUCAAGAACCUCCAAUUGAAAAUUUCCAGCUUGAAAGCACAGGAUCUAUAUAUGAGCCAACCCCUGUUAAAGAUACUAGUUGCCAGUUUGCUGGAAGCAUUAAACUCAGUCCACUGGAGGACUUUGAGAACUGGUUUUUGGAAAACCAGUCAGUUCCAGGGGUUUCAGAUGGGUCUAUGCCGACUGACCUUAAUAUCUUUUCUCCUCAGGCUUCCUCAAUUGACACGGGUAUGCUUUUGUUUGAUUUUGAGACCUCCUGGAAUGGUCUUGCGCAUGCCUAGCCAAUGACAACUACUUGUGCUUCUUGGAAAGAAGUCAGUGCCGGCAAACAUAACUUGUAUUCCUCAAAAAGAAGUAAAGAUGAUUUCCACAUUGCAAUAUGGGGGUUAAAGGUUGAUAGAGACAGAUAGAGUUUUGGUGGUGUACAGUUUUAAACUGAAGUGUACAAAAUUGCCUGUAGGUUAAAUGAUGCUGUAGAGGCUGGUAGAUGUUGAUCUUUUAUAUUCAUGAACCUCCUAUGUUAAGUUACAUGUCACAUCUGCAUUGUUCUUUGCCCUUGAAUUUUGCUGUGAGACUGAUUCAGAUAAAAUAUCAGAUGCCCAUUCUAGUUGGUGAAGGUGAUCCCUGCCGAGUUUUGUGCCUGUAUGAGGUUGAUUUGGUUUUCUACAUGGGUAAAAGUGAAUGAACUUGUUCGUGAAUUUUAGAAAAUGACUUACUUUCAGCGGGUUACGGCUACCUUUUGUGUACUUGGUGGCCCUAACAUCUGGAUCACCAAUGCAGAUGACAAUCUUCUGUUUUUAUGUAAAAAGCUGGCUGUUCACCAAAA